AUAACCCGGGCUUGUCGAUGGCGUCGACGGAGGAGUACUUGGGAUGCCCGGAAGACCUAGGCGAUCUCCCUCAUCCGCUGGAGGAGGUGGACCAGCCGCCGAGCAUGGGGACCGGGAAUAAAGUUGUCAACGACUCUAGCACACACGAGGGCAGACAAGUGAUGGACGAGGAGGACGAGACAAAUUGCCCAGGAAAACAUUACCCCAAAAGUGACGCGGAUGAAAUAGAGCGUAAAUGGGUACGUAGGUACAUCAAACAGCUUGGAGAAUACUCGGAUAUCUACAACGAGAUCAUGGCCCGGGAAGAUGAUGAUGAUGACACCCCUUUCCCGCCCCAUCCUUUGAAAGUGUUCCCUCACGCAACAGCUAAAUGCAUCCUCGGUGACAGCAACUGCUACCAUAGAGUUUACAACACCCAUGAUACUUCUGCCACUUCAUCGGCUCUUGGAUAUUGCACACCGAAAGAGAUGCUUCAGUUCUUUUCGGUGUGCUUGUCAAGCUCCCCGGCAUCCUAUCCCAUUAGUGUGUAUGGAAUAUUUGCCGUUCGCGAUGAAUUGGACCCGCGAAGGAAUUGUAUAUUCAACUGUUCCAGAGAUGAUGCUGUCACAAUUGAGAAGCAGGAUUCCUUUGUCUUGCCUCUUUGUAGCCCUUGUCGAGGAAUGUAUGUACGGGAUCGUGCAUUACUAGAAGUUGAUCUUUGGAUAAAAGAGGGAGGGAAAGGAUCAGUUGACAAGCAGCUAUUUUCUGCAUAUGCUGAGAUAGAUAUACGUGCAGAAUACAAUUACAUGCUUCAUGUACGGAUUCCUAGCGAUGAUUGCAACUUGGACAUAAAAUGCAUGGCCCUUACACGAAGUGUGGAGACUGUAAUACAAGUCUAUGCAAAGGUUGACCAUCCUUGUCAUGUGAGGUUCACUGCUUUCAGCACUUGCUAUGAUGAUUAUGAGAUUCUUAUUUUUGAUGGAAAAUUAUUUGGGAAUGAGAAACUAUUCCAGCAUGUCGUCACGGUGAAGGAAAAUGAAAAAUUGGAUGUUCUUUUGAAAGUAGAACAAUCACUGUUUCAGUGGACCUUUCAGGAUGAACAUGUUGGAGCUGUUUGUUCUCCUGAUGACUCGAUCUUCGCGUAUGGCCACUUUUUUCGUAAGGGUGUUCUUUGCUCCAAAGGACUACCAAAGAAACUCACCUACAACAUUCUGACAUCCUCAGUUUGCUCAAACUAA